GCGGCGCCCCGCAGCCCCCUCGGGCCCCGGCGCCCCUGGGCGCGGCCGCCGUGCGGCAGCUGGGAGGGUCGCACCGAAAUAGCUGCUGCGGAUGGGUCGUACCAGCGAUCUGAGGGGUUCGCUUGGAGAGCGGCUCUUCGGGCAGGUGGGGCUUGGUUUGGUGUUCCCCCUUAAAGUGAUGCUUAGGUUUAAAGCCCGUCUGCAGAUGGCCCUGGAGCUGAGGUGUGUGGGAAGAGGUUUAUUUCCACCUGAGGCCAGUCAGUCAGACCAUGGACUCUAUGGCGCCGUUUAUGAAGGAAGCAGAGUUUUAUGUGCUUCUGGUGGUACUGGCAGAAGGAAAAGAGAGCGCCCUAUGUGAAAUUCAUGGAGGCAAAUUACCCACCUGGGUUCAGUUAUGAAGAUUUUGGGCCACUGUUUACAGCAGAAUUCUUUGAUCCCAACCAGUGGGCAGAUAUUCUGAAGGCUUCAGGUGCAAAAUAUGUUGUCUUAACUUCAAAACAUCAUGAAGGCUUUACUUUGUGGGGGUCCAAAUAUUCUUGGAACUGGAAUGCUGUUGAUGUGGGACCAAAACGAGAUCUUGUGGCUGAACUGGCAAUGUCUGUUAGAAACAAGACUGACUUGCGUUUUGGGUUAUAUCAUUCCCUGUUUGAAUGGUUUAAUCCUCAUUUCCUUGAGGAUGCCACCAAUGUCUUUAAGACAAGAAAGUUUCCAGCCAGUAAAUCCUUACCAGAACUCUAUGAAAUUGUGACCAAGUACCAACCAGAAAUAAUUUGGUCUGAUGGGAAUGGAAAUGCACCAGAUACUUACUGGAAUAGCACUGGUUUCUUGGCUUGGCUGUAUAACGACAGUCCAGUCCGGGACACAGUUGUGACCAAUGACCGCUGGGGAGUUGGCAGCAUCUGUACACAUGGUGGAUUCUACACUUGUAGUGACCGGUAUAACCCCGGCCACCUCCUGCCUCACAAGUGGGAGAACUGUAUGACUAUUGACAAGAGGUCAUGGGGGUACAGGAGGAACGCACAGCUUGACGAUUACCUCACAAUCGAGGACUUGGUGAAGCAACUUGUAGAAACAGUGUCUUGUGGAGGAAAUCUCCUGAUGAAUAUUGGGCCCACUCACGAUGGUCGCAUUGCUGUUAUAUUUGAGGAACGCCUGAGGCAGAUGGGUGCCUGGCUGAAAGUCAAUGGAGAAGCCAUCUAUGGAACGAAACCAUGGAGAGCACAGAAUGACACGGUCACACCAGAAGUGUGGUAUACUUUCAGUCCUAAAGAAGGCCAAGUCAAUGCUAUCUUCCUUAACUGGCCAGUCUCUGGGACUCUGGAACUUGGUGAGCCACAGGCUAAGCUUGGAGAAACACAGGUGAAGCUGGUUGGCUACAAGGAACUGCUGAAAUGGGUUGCCCUAGGAGAAAAGGGAAUUGUUAUAGCUCUACCUCAAUUAACUCCUAAGCAAUUGCCAUGUCAGUGGGGCUGGACUUUACAGCUGAUUGACAUAAACUGAGCCAUACACUGCUGGAGCCUUGGGUAGUAGGUAAUGCUGCUCUUUUGCCAGUUUCUCAUCAUUGGUUUCUAACUGGUACUUGCUUGACUGGGAAACAUCAAUAAUUUCACUUUUUUAUGAAAGGUGGGCUGUAAUUAAAGGAUGGAAUGAACCUCACAUGAAAUCUAGCACUAGAUAGUUGAAUCUCUGCAUACAAUUUGUUUCUUUGAACUUGUGUGAAAUACUGAGCAUCUACCUUGAGCUCUCUACUUUUAUUUUUUUUAGUCAGUUUCUUGCCAAGUUUCGUGAAGAAGGGGGGGUGGGGGCAGGGGAAACAGGCACAAGAUUUUUAAAGCCAUGAGAAAGAACAAAGCUAGCUCAAGCCAGCAUUCAGAUGGAUGUAAGUCAGUCAGUUGUAUGUCUUAAUGGAAGAAAUCUAACUUCCACAAAACUGUACAGUAAAAACUGAGUUUUAGAAAAAAGAAUAAACUUUUUCCAGUUGUGUGCAACAACUGGCAGCUGAUAGUUUCAGCUGAGUAGGGUACUGGAUCUAGAAGGGUGAGGAAUAUUUCACAAAUGUAUGGAGGAAAUGCAUAUAUGUACAUCUUCAUUUCUCAUUGUGAAAAUCAUUAAUUUUACAUGUUCCUACUCUUGAGUAGUCCUAUUACUGGGAUGCAAGUAAAGUGAGAGAGGUUUUUUUUGCCGUUUUGUAUAAUUCUACAUGCUUAAAGCUGAUUCUUCUUUACAGCCAUUUUUACACAGUUACUAGGUUGCCUUCUGUGAACUAUUAAACAAAACAUAUACUUCAGUUA